AUGUUCACCUUCGAGCUAUUAACACCUGAUUCGAAGGUUGUUUCCUGUAAGACGGCAUUGAUGACGUUUGAUAAUGAUAUUAGAAUCAUGGUAGAUCCAAGCUGGAAUGGCGAAAAUCCUGAUGAUAUCUUAUUCUUGGAACAAUACUUAAGAAUCACGAACUUCAUAUUACUCUCGCAUGCUACGCCAGAUUUCAUAGGGGGAUAUGUGUUAAUGUGUGUCAAAUUCCCUAACUUGUUGAGUAAUAUCCCAGUCUAUUCUACGGUUCCGGUGAAUCAAUUGGGUAGAAUAUCCACAGUCGAGUUUUACAGAUCUUGUGGUAUCCUUGGGCCUCUUAAGGGUGCUCUUAUUGAGAUUGAAGAAGUAGACGAGUGGUUUGACAAAAUCAUUCCCUUGAAAUAUUUUCAAUCCUUGAGUCUUUUUGAUAAUAAUUUGAAUCUUACUCCUUACAAUGCAGGGCAUACUUUGGGUGGUACCUUCUGGUUAAUAACAAAGAAGUUAGAGAAGGUAAUUUACGCACCGUCCUGGAACCAUUCUAAGGACUCGUUUUUGAACAGUGCUAGCUUUUUGUCGAACGGUAACCCAUUAUCACUGCUAAUGAGACCCACUGCAUUAAUAACGAAUACAGAUCUUGGGUCGACGAUGUCGCACAAAAAGAGGACAGAAAAGUUCCUAUCUCUCGUCGAUGCUACAUUGGCAAACGGCGGAGCAGUAUUGUUGCCAACAUCGCUAUCAGGAAGAUUCUUAGAACUAUUACAUUUAAUAGAUCAGCAUUUACAAAGUGCACCCAUACCUGUUUAUUUUCUUUCGUAUUCUGGUACUAAAGUCUUAAGUUAUGCCUCUACGCUUUUAGAAUGGAUGUCUUCUCUGAUGGUUAAGGAGUGGGAAGAAGCUUCAUCGUCGGCAACACUGUCCAAUAAGAACAAUUUCCCAUAUGAUCCUUCCAAAGUUGAUCUCUUGCUGGACCCAGAAGAAUUAAUCCAGUUGAGUGGCCCCAAAAUCGUAUUUAGUUCAGGUGUUGACUUUAGGAACGGGGACAUGUCAUCUGCAGCUUUAGCUUAUCUAUGCCAGGAUCAGAAUACGACAAUAAUUUUAACCGAGAAGAGUCACUUUUCUUCAAACGAGUUCAUAAGCAGCCGCCUAUAUCACGAAUGGUACAAAUUGACUAAGAUCAAGAACGGCACAGUUGAAGACGGUAUUGCCGUUCCAUUGGAAACUGUCGUAAAGUUGGAUGGCUGGACACGAGAAGAACCAUUGGUUGGUACCGAGCUUUCUGACUUUAAGGAAAGAAUUGAACAAACGAGAAAGCAAAAAUUGAUUGCUAAAGUCAAAAAUAGAAAAAAUCAAGAUUUAUUGAAUGCUGAUACUAUCAGUGGCGACGAGACUUCAGAUGAUGAAGAAUCGGAAAAUGAAAAUCCAGAUAAUUUAGAUGACCUUAAAUUAAAGUCAGCUUCGACUGCGGUCGCCUCCGUUGAUGAGAUAAAUGAUGCCCUUAUAGUAGAUAAUGUAAGAGAUGCUCUUGAUUCUAACCAGCCGUUGGAUAUUAAGAUAACUUACAAAAUGAAGCCUAGACAAGCCAUGUUUCCCUACUUUAGUGCACUUCAUAAGCAAAAGUUUGACGAUUACGGAGAAGUAAUUGAUCUUGCAAGUUUUCAAAAAAACGAAGACUCGACAACGAAUAAAUUAAUUAUGGACAGCAAAAAAAAAUUUGAUGACAAACGAAAAUGGGGAAAUGUAGAUAAGAAUGGAAAGAAAAAUGAUAAGAAUAAUAAAAAUAACCAAGGUAAUAAGUUGACUCCUCAAGAGGUUUUGAAUAAUCAGGUAUUGCAAAAGAAUUUGGAUACCUUAUUUAGUCCUAGAAAAAGGGUGCCACUUAAUGGAGCAUCGUCUCUUUCAACCCAACCUCAAGAAUUGAGAAUAAGAUGUGGCUUAUCAUUUGUGGAUCUUUCGGGGCUCGUUGAUUCCAGAUCCUUGAGUAUUAUAGUUUCAGCUCUUAAGCCUUAUAAUCUCCUAUUACUCCCUGACUUUACCAAUAGUGAGGGUGACAAUGACACUGCCGAUGGUUUGAAACAAGUCAAAAAAAUGUUCGACCAGCAACAAGAUCAACAUGAGGCUAUCCAACAAGAUACCACUUUACUUAGCUCAUCAAAAGUGAUGUCUCUUGCAUCAAUUAGAAGAGGCAUGAUGUCAUCAUCCGGGUACAAUGAGUCAAAAAAGAUGAUUGUUACCGGGAUAGAAUACAAUUUGGCUGUCAACAUAGGAGGUGAGGACAAUCCAAGCGGUCUUAAUAAUUUUGAAGUCAAAUUAGAUGACAACGUCAUCAACAGCCUUAAAUGGCAAAAACUCGAUGGCAGCCACAGAAUUGCAAAAGUAUAUGGUCAACUAGAGAUACACAAUCCGGAGUCAUCUGUUAGAAAAAAGCAAAGGACAGUAAAUGAUUUCAUAAAUCCAUCUACCAAGUUCUUGUUGACGCAGCCGUCAUCAGAAUACUCACAAGAAAAAUCAACCCCAAAACUCGCUGUAGGUAAUAUCCGUUUACCAGAGUUGAAAAGGAAACUCUUGAGCCGUGACCUUAGUGCUGAAUUCAAAAGUGAAGGUACUCUAGUGGUUAAUGAUGUCUUGGCUAUUCGUAAAGUAUCUUAUAGUGGCAUUGAAGGCGACGACACUGGGGACAUUGUGAUAGAUGGGAUCAUGGGUCCAUUGUACUACGAGGUUAGAGCUUGUAUACGUGAAAUGUUAGCAUAUGUAUAG